AUGAGACAAAAAAGCGAUAAAGAAAGAUCACCAUCAUCAUCAUCAUCAUCAUCAUCAUCAACCUUAUCAACUAUCAGUCAUAGUAUGCAAAUUAUGCAACCAAUUAAGCUUGAGCUAAAUAUUUAUGAAACAAUGGAACAAGCUAAUACGAUAUCUGAGAUAUUAACUGAACAAAAUAUUGAACAAACAAUCAUAUACUAUAAAAAUAUUCCAAUUCAUAGCAUACAUCAAAAGACGGUAGAAACAGAAAAUGCUUUACAAAAUUUACUUAAUGCUCCAGAAUCAAUCAUUAGUCAUAAUCUACCACCAGUAGUAGUUGAUGAUAAUUACUGUUUUGUGAUUGAUGGUGAAACGAUCGGAUCAGAAGCAAUUUUACAUGAUGAUAUUCAUUGGAGUCAUACAAGUCGAUCAACGCAAUAUUUUUAUUUGGAUAAUUUACGUAACUUUUAUCGAGUUAAUUGUAUUAAAGCUAGGGGGAAAAUUAUUGCCGCAAAAAUUAUUGGUUCUCAAGCGCAAACAUUUAACGCCCUACACUCAACCCGAUCCACCCCAAUACAACAAUCUGGAACACUUGAUCUGAUGCCAGCUCGUUCCACAUCAACCAUUAGUGGCUUUCGUCAUGAUACAAUACCACUGGUACAGGUAUAUGUUGUGACACGGAUUUAUAGUUUUUGGAAAACUUAUCCAUCAUUUCGUCGUAUUAUUACAUUACUCGAUCGAGUGAAUAAAAAUGAAAUGGACAAUGGUCAUUUUCAAAAACGAAUCUUUGUGCAGUAUAUUUGGCGUGAUACGAAACAAUCGGAUAAAGAUCGCGUGAAAGAUGAAUUUAAUCGUGAUCAUGGAAGAUUUACUAGCUGCAACAAAACAACAACAAUAAAACUUGCCUUCCGAUAA